GCCUCGGGCGGCGUCCCGGUCUCACCGCGACCGGGCGGUGAGAGGUAGAACGGCCACCAGACAUCAACCGUGAAGGGGUGGCGUCAAGGCAGCGCUGAAGCGGCGGCGACGUCGAGGCUCGAGCUCCCGUGCCGCGCUCCGAGCUAACCUAGAUGAACAUACUCGAAAGGAUACGUGGAGGUGGCGACAGGGCGGCUGCCACGGAGCGCCCCCCGCGGCCGGAGUGCUGGGUGGAGAUUUCGGAGUCCGUCUCACGGCUCUGCAGCUUCGACGCCGCCGGCAGCGGUAGCCGCAGCAUCUCUGUAAAAGUUAUUCAGGAUUCUAGACCUAUACAUGACAAACUUGUUGAUUCUUUCUUGAACAAAUUUUUCCCAUCAGGUUAUCCAUACAGUGUGAAUGAAGGUUACUUAACUUAUACCAAAUUCCGUGUGCUACAGCAUUUCUCGAGUGCUAUGCUACAUGUGCUAUCAACACAGUCCUUGCUGUUUGCUGCAGGUUUGCGACCUACCCCGGCGCAAGCAACUGCUGUAAGUUGGAUUCUAAAAGAUGGAAUGCAGCACGCAGGAAAGCUCAUUUGUAGCAGCAUGGGUGCAAGAAUGGAUUCUGAACCAAAGAGUUGGAGGAUACUUGCUGAUGUUCUCUACGAUCUUGGUACUGCAUUGGAAGUUGUUUCGCCGCUGUGUCCACAACUUUUCCUUGAAGUAGCAGGCUUGGGAAAUUUUGCGAAGGGAAUGGCCGUUGUUGCAGCAAGAGCAACGAGGCUUCCAAUUUACUCUUCUUUCGCCAAAGAAGGCAAUCUUAGUGAUUUAUUUGCUAAAGGGGAAGCCAUAUCAACACUUUUCAAUGUCAUGGGAAUUGGAGCUGGAAUUGGAUUGGCAUCUACUGUUUGUUCAACAACUCAAGGCAAGUUAAUUGCAGGCCCGUUACUUUCCGCAGUGCAUAUAUAUGGGGUCAUCCAAGAGAUGAGAGCAACUCCUGUAAACACACUCAACCCACAAAGAACAGCAAUGAUCGUGGCUGAUUUUAUCAAGAGUGGAAAGGUUUCUAGCCCCGCCGAGCUAAGGUACAAGGAAGACCUCCUGUUUCCCAACCGAGUUAUAGAAGAAGCCGGCAGUGUGAAAAUCGGUCAGCCACUUCGCAAAGUGUUCAGUCCCCGGCUUGUUGAGCAGCUGAGGGCGACUUUCCCAGGCGAGAAAUUUCUGCUCAGCCAGAAAAGCAACAGGACGUACAUGGUUCUGGAGCGAAGCGCGAGCGGAGAGGACGCGCUGAGGGGGUGGCUGGUCGCCGCGUUCGCUUCGGAGAUGGAGAGGUCAGGCGCCGGCUCACGCGAUGACGCGGUUCUGAGCGAGGCCUACGAGAAGAUGGAGCGGGUCUUCCCCACCUUCGUGUCAGAAGUUAGGAGUAGGGGGUGGUACACCGAUCAGUUUUUGGACGGGAACUGUAGUCGAGUCUCGUUUGCCAAGUUUCGGUAGUCGCAGAGACUGUAUAUGGUCUAUGUUUUUUGGAGGGGAGAUGCGGAACCAUGAACUCAUGCAUGCAGGGCAGUGUAGUCGAACUCUUAGGCUAUCCGCACUCAUACUACUUUAAAUUUGUACUCUAAAAGGAAUAUUCUAUCCUCGUCAGCAAGAUUAUCUACUCUAUACCACAA